GUUUUCCAAGAAGCCCCGGGGUGGGAAGCCCCACCCUGCUCCCCCAGUGCCGGAUUCCUUGCCUUUCCCGGCACAGACGGACGCAGCUCCCGCCGGGUUCUCCCCGUCCCCGAGGGCUGCCGAGGGGCUCAGGAGAGAGGCAGGAGCUGCUGGAGAGGAGGGAGAGGAGGCAAGCAGGUCAUGCCAUUCAGAGGAACCCUUCCUGCGUCCCCAAGCCCUGGGAUCCCUCUUCCCCUGUGAGGGUUUGGAGCUGGAAUCCCCCGCGCCUGACAUGGGGCAGGAUGUGGAGCUGCUGGCUCCUUCCCCCGCCGGAGAGCUCCUUGAUGAGCCCCAUCAGGACCUUCCUGUGCCAGAGGGAGCACCUGCCUCGGAGGAUGGCACAGGGGACCUCGACCACGGCCCUGGCCCCAGCUCUGAUGCUGGCCUGCUUCCCACCUCUGCUUUGAGCUCCUGCCCUGACAUUCAGAUCGAGCCAGUGGCUGAGAAGGAGGAGGAAAGCCCAGCUGUCCCCAGGAGGUUCUCCUCACAAAGACCCUCCAGCCUUGGGAGAGAUCUGGGGGCAGGAGAGGGCCCAGCACCGUUUCCCCCAGAGCCUGGGCAGAGCCUGCCCCUGCUGUCAUCCUCCCCAACAGCUUCCAUGAGCACCUUCAGCUUCGAGCCCCUGAGCAGCCCCGAGGGCCCGGUGGUCAUCCAGAACCUGCGGAUCACCGGGACCAUCACUGCCCGCGAGCACAGCGGGACCGGCUUCCACCCCUACACCCUGUACACCGUCAAGUAUGAGACAGCCCUGGAGGGCGAGGCGGCGGGCAGCCUGCAGCAGGUGGCUUAUCACACCGUGAACCGCCGCUACCGCGAGUUCCUCAACCUGCAGACACGGCUGGAGGAGAAGCCGGAGCUCCGCAAGUUCCUGAAAAACAUCAAAGGACCAAAGAAACUGUUCCCUGAUCUGCCAUUUGGAAACAUGGACAGCGAUAAAGUGGAAGCCAGGAAAAGUCUGCUGGAAUCUUUCCUGAAGCAAUUGUGUGCAGUCCCUGAGAUUGCAAACAGUGAGGAGGUGCAGGAAUUCCUGGCCCUCAACACCGACGCCAGGAUCGCCUUUGUCAAGAAGCCCUUCGUUGUCUCCAGGAUAGACAAGAUUGUUGUCAAUGCCAUCGUGGACACCUUGAAGACAGCAUUCCCCAGGUCAGAGCCCCAGAGCCCCACGGAGGAUCUGAGUGAGUCAGAAGUGGAUGGGAAAUCCCAAACAGACGGGAAGAAAAGCAAGUCCAGGCUGAGGUUCUCCUCCAGUAAAAUCACUCCAGUGCUGAGUGUGAGUGAAGCUCAUGACAGGAUCGUGUACUCCAUCAGGGAGGGCAAUGCUGUCUCUGGCACCCUGUCCCUGGCUGCUAUGGAAUCCUUCAUCCAGAAGCAGGAGAAGCUGCUGGAAGCAGUCCCCAGCAAGGCUCCUGAAGGCCAGGGAGGCAGAGAAGCCAAGGAGAUCUCUGUGCAGGAAGAAAUGGAUGGGCUGAGCACAGCAGAGCAGGGAGGACAUCCAGACACUGACUCUGACUCCGAGACAGCUUUGGCUGACCUGGCCCUGGACGUGCUUCGUCUGGUGCUGGUGGAUCACUGGGGCUGGCUGUGCACAGAGAACAUCCAGAAGGUUUUCAAUGUGCUCUUUGGGACCCUUGUUCAAAGGUGGCUGGAGGUGCAGAUGGUCACCCUGACCUGCACCCAGCGCUGGGUCCAGUACCUCCAGUUGCUGCAGGAAUCCAUCUGGCCUGGAGGAGUUCUACCAGCAGUGCCUAAACCCCCCAGGACAGAGGAGCAGAAGAAGGCAACAGCAGAGCAGGCCCUGCAGAGCCUGAUGGGGAUCUUGCCCAAUGUGAUCCAAGAAAUCCUUGGGACUAGUAAGUGUCAGAUGAGCUGGAACCUGGUGCUGGAGUCACUCAGCCAGCCUGUGAUCAACAGGCACCUGGUGUUCUGCCUCCUGGACAUUCUGCUGGAGUUCUUGGUUCUGAAGGGCUCCAGCCAGGAGCCUGAGGCUGCAGCUGCCACACCAUGUGCCUGCAGUGGCACAGACAAAGGUGUCCCAGCACUUUAACCAGGCCUGGUGGCCCAGCAGUGGAGGAGAGAAGCAACCACAGGCAUGGAGUGUUGGAUUUUCAUCCUUUACUGAACGUGCCUGGGAGCUUCCUGUAGGGAAUUUCUCCAGCCAGUGCUAAAUGAAGCUGCUUCCAGUCUUCUCUGUGUCAGCUGGGUGGUGGAUCAAACCCAGAGGUGCUGUGCAGCAUCUGUUCCAUUGCUGACCUGAUGGGGAGCCUGGAAUGAACCAGCCUGACCAGCUGGAGAAGGAACCACAGACCCUUCUGAACAUCUUUAACAUCUACAGAUCUGCUUUUGUGGCUCCAGGGUCCACCUGGCACUGAGAGUUGGUGUGCUGGCAUCUGCUGCUGAAUGUUUCUGCAGGACAGGGGAGGGUGCAGGGCUGUCCCUGCUGUCUGAGCAGCCUGCCCUGCACCAGCUGUGUCCCCAGAAGGAAGAUGGGGAGAGGAUGGAAUGUGGAGAAGUCCUGGAGUGUGGAGAUGUCCUGAAGUUCAGCAUCCAACUGCCCAAACACAUGGGAGGGGAGAGCAGGGCCAGAGGUGCUGCCCUGCCUUAGGGACAGAGAUCAGCUGCUUCUCCCUGCUCUGGUUCUCAGUAGGUGCAGGCAGGUGUGAUCCUGGCAAAGAGACUCCCCCAGGCUAGGGAGGAGUGCUGGCUUUGCUGGACUUCAGGACUCGUUUCUGUUGUGCUUUCUGAGUCACCUUUUAGUCCCUGGGACAGUCACCUGGAAGGCACAGGCCAAAGGAGCUGAGCCAUGUGGGACACAGUAAAUCAGCUCCCACACAAAGCUGGCUGUCACAGGAAGCUCUGGGAGAGGAAUGAGGACCUUGGGCCCAGGGGAAUCCUGGAUGUGUGUCAGGGACAGGCAGUGGGUUAGAGCUGGGAGCACUGCCUGAGCUCUGCUGUCCAUGCCUGGGUCACUGGGCUCUGCUCUGCUGUCCCUGCUGCUGCCACAGGGCUCUGGAAAGCUGCUCAGGUCAUGGAGAAGGGAUUUGGAGCUGCUUCUCCAGCUUGUCCAAGACUUGAGUGGCUUUGUGAGCACUUAAUGUUCUCAGCAGUCAGGUUCUGGGAGUACUGAGGGACUCAGAGUGUGCAGCCACAGCCCAGCUUGGUGACCAGUUUGCUGACCAGUUUGCUGACCAGCUGUGCUGUAUUUUCUGGGAGAAGCACAGACUGAGCAGUGCUGCUCUGGGCUGGUGAAGGUUCUCUGCAGAUCUAAGGAGGUUCCACACAGGAGCCAUGCAAGAUCCCAGGUGUGUCUCUGCUGCAGGACCAGGUGGUUUCAUCCUACAGAACAUGGAAUUCCAGGCUGGAAGAGACUGCUGCAGUUUUUUGGAGCUGGAUGCUCCAUGGCAUGUUUGGAGAGAAGGCAGUGUAACUCCAGCAUGUCUGUCCUGCUCUUCCAAAGGAGCUGUUUAAUUAUGGAUACACAACAGUGUGAGCUGCUCUGGGCUUCUGUUGUGUGAAAAUACAGGGAGGAAUCAUUUUGCUGCAAGCAAACAGAUUUUUAGGGAGCUCUGAGGACAUCCCAAGACCAGGCAGAAUCCAGUGUCAUGAAGCAAAAUCAGUUCUGCAUCACCACUGGAGCCAGUUCUCUUCAGAGAUGGUAGCUUGGCCACCUGCUUGGAGAAGAAGGGAGGUGUGAGUUAAGUGGUUUAAGAGAAGAUGAGGUGGAGAAUGCUUUGGGAUAAUCCCAAAUGGCCAAAAAGGAGUUUGAGAAACAGGACUCAGAUAAAUCCUUAAAUAUCUGCUUGUAUUUCACUGCCAGGCUCUGUUUCCCUCCUUUUCCUCCUGCUUCCAUUUCCACCCCAGGUGUCAGGAGGGGCACAGGGCACCCCGAGCCAGGGCUGAUGCAGCAGAGCCCUGGUGGCUUCCCAGAUGUUCCUGCUGUUCCUGUUUGCUGUUGCUUCCCAAUGAAUUUUGUGGCUUUGGAGCUCCAGGACUGAGGUCUGUCAUUAAUUAGGGAGAGUAUUGAGAGGCUUUGCUGAAGAGGAUGAUGGAGUACAAAUUAUCCACUGCCAGCUCCAGGUUAGGGCAAAAGUCUGAAACAGUCCCUGCACACACUGGAUGUGGCACUGGGAGGAUGAGCUGACACUUGUCCUUUGCCAGGAAGCCCAAAUUCUCCCAGCUUUUAACCCCCAUCUCUGAAAUGAUGCAAAUGACUGAAUAUUCAGUCCUCCAGAUGGAAAUAAUCUGUGAUUUCUGCCAGCUUGGGAGCUUUGGAUGCUUUGCUGGGCUGGUGCAGCAAUGAUUUGCGGUUGUCCCAGCAGCCCCAAAUCAUUCCACUCCCUCUGUGUUAAGAUUCAAAGAGCUGGGACAGAGAGACGGAAAGGGGAUUUAUUUAUGUGCACUCACAAGGCAGAGUGAGGAACAGACCUAAGGAGUUUGAACUGCAAAAUGUUGUUUUACCCUGCAGAACUCCCUUUUUUGUCUCAGAUAUGAGGGGUUGGAUCCCUUUCUCCUGGCUGGGCUUCAAAUUCCCAUUUGUGCAGCCCUGCAGCUGAGUUGAAGUGCCCAGGAGCAAAGAGCCCCUCUCUGCAUCAUGUUGUCAAGGACUAAAACCAAUCCAAUAAAAAGCUCAGCUUUUUUAUCUACUGAGAGUUCUUUGCCUCACUGUGAUUUUGGGAUUAAAUUGAGCACAAUGGUGGCAGAUACAAACUGCUGCAUUCAGGUGGGCUGAAAGUUUAUUUCCCUUGGACUAAGACUAGAAAAACUGCUCUGGUAAAACAAACAAGCUUAAGCUUGCUCAGUGUGUCAUAUUCCCAGCAAGCUCCUUUUUUUCUGCAGGAAUUUGUAGAAGGAAUUUGCAGAAGGAAUUCGUGGAAGGCUCCAGCACCUCUGUAAAGGGUGGGUGGUGAGAGCAGCCAGAUUUGACCUCAAGAAGGAGUUGCAGCUUUGUGCCACGUUAGGUCAAGAGCAGCACCUGCCUCAGGUGGGUGCUCAGCUCUCCUUCUCCAGGUCCUUCAGCCCUGUGUGAUCUCCCUCCAGCCCAGCACUUGCUGAUUUGUGAAGUGUUCCCCUUCCCACUGCCUUAGUUUCCCACAGCUGACUGGAAUCUUCCUGGAAGCAGGGAUGUGAAUGACUGAGUGCAGUGGUGGAGAGCUCCAAGGCACCGCUCUUAAGCUAAAUAAUCAUUAAAUUGUAUUUUUAGGAGGAAAAAAGCCCCACCAUGCACUGACUCCCUGUCCCAUUUCCUGUACUCAACCCUUUGUAUCAGCUGUUUGUGGUGCUGUUGGAGUCUCUGUGGAAUUCUGCCGGCUGGAAAAACCCAUUUAAUUGUUAAAUGGGGAGCAAACCUCCACUCCCAUGUACUUGUGUGCAAUAAGACUUUAUUUCAAACUUA